AUGCCCCAAAGCCAGGGAAUAGAGCGGUCUCCGUUUAGCUUUUACGCGUUCUAUCAGCUUUACGCGUACUUCCACAAGGAUGCGCCGACGGUGACAUUCGGCGCGGUCAAGAAUAAACUAUACCACCACUAUCCGAUGGCUGCCGGGCGCGAGAACGAGCACUCGUCCGUGUUCAUCACAUGGAAAAAGCAUGACGAGCGCGGCGAGUACCAGUUGCGCGGGUGCAUUGGCACGUUUGCCAAGCUGCCGUUGUUGCGCGGCAUCGAAAAGUACUCCCUUAUUGCCGCACUCCAGGACUCGCGGUUCCCCCCGAUAGAGGUCGGGGAGCUCGCGAAGUUGAAGUGCAGCUGCAAUGUUCUCUCGCAUUUCAAGACCGUGUUUGAGGAGGGUGCGGGGAAUAUCUACGACUGGAAGGUUGGGCGCCACGGGGUGAUCUUGCGGUUCAGGCACCCCACCACGGGAAGGACGUGCAGUGCCACCUUCUUGCCAGAGGUCAUGGUCGAGCAGGGCUGGAGCCAGCUGGAGACGUUUGAGAACUUGAUCGAGAAAGCGGGCUGUUGGCAGCACGUGGACGAGCUCAUGGACAACUAUGACCGCUACUUCAUCGAGGUGAUCACUUAUCGCGGGGAUAAGAGCGAGAUCACCUACGAUGACUUUGUCAAACAGCUUAAGGUGGUUCAGAAGGCGUAG